CCUCAUCCGCUUAAUUGCACCGGCCCGGUCCCUGCCUCCAUCUGUGCCUAGCCAGCCAAGAAGAUACUUUUCGUCACCAACCCGGCCGGCCACCGUGCGAGCUGAGAACGCGGCGGCGGCGCCAUGGGGAGGCCUCCGUGCUGCGACAAGGUGGGCGUCAAGAAGGGGCCCUGGACGCCGGAGGAGGACCUCAUGCUCGUCUCCUACAUCCAGGAGCACGGCCCCGGGAACUGGCGCGCCGUGCCGACCAACACCGGGCUGAUGCGGUGUAGCAAGAGCUGCCGGCUUCGGUGGACCAACUACCUCCGGCCGGGGAUCAAGCGCGGCAACUUCAACGACCAGGAGGAGAAGCUCAUCGUCCACCUCCAGGCGCUCCUCGGCAACCGUUGGGCGGCGAUAGCGUCCUACUUGCCCGAGAGGACGGAUAACGACAUCAAGAACUACUGGAACACCCACCUCAAGAAGAAGCUCAAGAAGAUGCAGGACGCCGGAGGGAACGACGGCGGCUCGGAGGGCGCCGGCGCCGGGGGUGUCGGUGGUGGCGUCCCGAAGGCGGCCGCUCCCAAAGGGCAGUGGGAGCGCCGGCUGCAGACGGACAUCCACACUGCGCGGCAGGCCCUGCGCGACGCGCUCUCUCUAGAGCCCUCACAGCCCGCCGCGCUGGCGGCGCCGGCGCUGCCGACGCCUAGUCCGGGGUCGGUGACGACGUACGCGUCGAGCGCGGACAACAUCGCGCGCCUACUGGAGGGCUGGAUGCGCCCCGGGAGCAGCAGCAAGGGGCCGGAGGCGUCGGGGUCGACGUCGUCCACUACGGCGACGACCCGCCAGCAGCCGCAGUGCUCCUGGGACGGCGCGGCGUCCGCGUCGGCGAGUCACAGCGGCGGCGCGGCCGGGGCGGCAGCAGCGCACACCCCCGAGGGCUCAACCGAGACGAGCAAGAUGGCCGGCGCCGGGGCCGGCGGCGCCCCGCCGGCGUUCUCCAUGCUUGAGAACUGGCUUCUUGACGACGGCAUGGGCCACGGCGAGGCGGGACUCAUGGACGACGUGGUGCCACUAGGGGACCCCAGUGAGUUCUUCUAAGUACGGCGCGCGCGUACCAACCGGGAAUUGAUCGACUAGAGCAAGAACAAAAAUUUAAGAAAGGCGCGGCGAUCGCCGAUCGAGUAGCUGAGCAGAAACAACAAAAGGCCGGGGGGCUUCGAAUCCUCGGUGAUUUAGAUCGAGCUGGGUGUCGAUCCAGUUUGCUUAAUCGUUUUAGAUUUCAAUUAGUUGCUCUUUGCGAUGUUAAUUAGGGUUUGAAACUGAUCAUGUCCUAAAUGGAUCGUGCAGGAGGGAUAAAGAAAGAAAUGUACAUCUUAUAAAAGAAAGAUCUAUAUAGAUGCUUAAUUUAUAAUUACUUACUUA